AACGACUCUGCAAAUGCCUGCCAUGCCCUUUUUAAAGACUACACUCUUCAGUACGGCGAAUAAACAGAUGCUGUUGCUGUUGCAGUCCCACCCACAACAAAAGAAAUCCUCAAACCAAAUAAAAACCACAGAACAUAACAACAAAACCCCAUUCCAUUCCCAUUUCCAUUUCCAUUUCUCCAUUUUUAUUUCAAUUUCCUUUCUCCAAUGGCUGUUCUUCGCCGCUUUCUAUGGCUUCUUCUUGUCUUCUUCAUCACCCUUCUGCAGUGUUUCUCCAUUUCCCAUCAGCAACAACUCCCUGUUUUGUCUUCUGUGGAGCGAGACUCUGUUUUUGCUGUUCUUGCCGCCGUCAACUCCGCUGUCCCGUGGCGGAGAUUCUUCCCCGAUGAUCUUUGCUCUGCCGCUCCACACGGCGUCGUUUGUGACUACUUUUAUGAAUUCCCGAACAGUACGGAGCCUGAUGCUGUUCAUAUCACCGAGUUGAGCUUUGGUUUUAUCUCCGACUACUCUGCGAAUCCGCCCUGUUCUUCCAAUUCUACUAUCGACCCAGUUCUUUUCUCCUCCUUUAGAUACCUGCGCAAGCUCGUCUUCUACAAGUGCUUCACCUCCGACGUCGCGGUUUAUUUAUCCGACGGUGACUCGCCGGCGUUUGCGGCGAGUUUGGAGGAGCUUGUUUUAGUGGAUAAUCCGUCGUUGGUUGUUUCUCUUGAAAGUCUCUUUGCAAAUUUCACAAACAUAAGAAGAGCAAUCAUCACUGGAAAUGGCGUUUACGGUGAAAUCCCAGAACGGAUUUCUGACUCCGGCGAACUGGAAGAAAUUAGCCUCUCCCGGAACCGUCUCACUGGUCAGAUUCCGGCUAGUUUGUCGAAGCUCAAGAAGCUGAAGAUUCUCGACCUCAGUCGGAAUUUCCUUGACGGAUAUGCUCCUGAAUCCAUUGGAAAUCUCUCAGAGCUUCUGAAAUUGGACUUAAGCUCUAACAGAAUCUCCGGCAGAGUUCCGGAAAGCUACCGGAACCUGCAGAAACUGGAGUUUCUGGACUUGAGCUUCAAUCGUUUUGGGAAUUUCGGGAUACCCAAAUUUCUAUCGGAGAUUCCGAGGUUGAAGGAGGUUCAUCUGAGCGGCAACUUGCUCGGAGGGGAGAUUCCAGAGAAAUGGGAGAAGCUUAAGAGGUUGUCCACGGUUGGAUUUUCUAGCAUGGGAUUGACCGGAAAAAUUCCUCCAUCAAUGGCGGUUCAUCUGAGAAGUUUAAACUAUUUGGGGCUUGACGGUAACAAUCUUGAAGGGACAUUGCCGCCGGAGUUUGAGUUUCUGAAGACAUUGAAUGGACUCAAUGUAGAGAACAACAAUCUAAGCGGCAGAGUUCCAUUUUCUGCAAAUUUCUGUGCAAAACUUGAAGGGAAAUUAAGAUUAAGAGGGAACCCAGAUCUGUGUGUUGAUGAAGAGCUCAAGAAUGUUAAAAAUGGAAGCGUUUUGGGGAAGAUCAAACUGUGUCAACAAUCAGUCAUCACACAGCAGCUUUUUCUCAGUGGGUGUUCUUCAUUCAUGCUUGAUUCUGUUAAGCUUCAGAGUACUCUGUUAAUGGCGGUUUUCUGGAUUUUCUUGCUGAAUUUUUUCGGAGUUUUUGAGGGUUAAGAGUUGGAUUAACGUUAAUAGAGAGUUUAAGUUGGGAGAUUACACUGACUGAGAUGAGUUUGGGAGAUUUUUGU